AUGUUACUGUGGAUUCUGUCGGCAUCAUACCUUCUCGCUGCCAUUCCAAAGUCAUGCGCGCUGCCUCAGCAGUUGCAGAAUGGACUUGAUCAGAAGAGGGAAAACAGCAAACAGCUCACCAAGGAAUUGCAACCAUACCUGGAAGAGAAGAAGACAGGAGAAAAAGCUGAGCAAGAAUUGUCCGAGUUAUCGGAUGCAUUGGUUGAAGCUCGAGAUCAAAUAGAAGGACCCGCCUCGACUGUGGAUAAAAAACAGGAGGAAAUAGAUCAGAUUCGUGAUGAGAAUCAAUAG